AUUUAUAUCACAACAAAUAUAUAUUAUAAAUUAUUAUAUACCCAUAGUAACAUUACGAAUGUGUUAAUCCAAAUUCUUUCCUGUUGCAUUCAACGUUUAAUUUUCUAAUCAUCUAUCGUACCUAGUGAAUUAGUGCAAGCCACAAGGCAAUAAUAUUAGUCAUAAUUAUUAAGCGACAAAUUACGCCGACUUGUCCAAUUGUAUUUCGUGUUGUGCACAUUAGUUGUAUUGUGUAUACGUUUUAGCAUAAUCUAAAAGCUGCAAUAUGUCACACACCAUACUCCUGAUUCAACCAGGGAGCAAACCGGAAACAAGAACAUAUUCCGAUUAUGAGUCUGUUAAUGAUUGCAUGGAAGGGGUUUGUAAGAUUUAUGAAGAACACCUGAAGAAAUUAAAUCCAAAGUCCGUGUCUAUUACAUAUGACAUAACUCAGCUGUUUGAAUUUGUUGACCAUUUAGCAGAUCUUUCAUGUCUUGUGUACCAAAAAAGUACUAUGACAUAUGCACCUUAUAAUAAAGACUGGAUAAAAGAAAAGAUUUACGUCCUACUCAGAUGCCAAGCCAAUCAACGUCAAUAAACAGUAUGAAUUUAAUGGAAUGUUUUAUUAUAAUUUUAUUGUGAGGCUGUUUUUUUUUCUCGUUUACCAUUUAGUAGGUAUAUAUACACCAACUAUAAUGUAAUGUAGGUUGACCAUAAGCAGUAUACAAGUUAUUCAUAGUAAUUUGAUAAAUAUUCAUGAUCCUCAGAACUUCCUUAACCUAAUAAAGGUUAGUAAUUGUAAAUUAAAAUAAUAUUAAAAUAUUAAAUUACAUUAUUAUUAUUUGUGACCUUUUGUAUUUAUUAACUUUGUUUAAUGUAAUACUCCAAUCUCAUUAUAAUGACUGUUUUUGAAUAUACCAAGAAAUUGUAUGUACAAUGUACCUAAAUUGCUACUAGUUUUUUUAAAAUUAAACACGAGAUUACUACAAAAUAA